UGGUUGACACACAGCAGUGUCAGUUGUGACUCCUGGUGUCAAGCUUUCACUGCAGCAGCUGAUUAGAAAACACUGCGAAAUUAGAAAUAAGAGAUCAGACGAGAGCCGUUAAAAAUCUUUACUUUGUUAUUAGCAUUCUCCAGGGGUUGCUUUAAAUACGUUAGCCGUUGAUUGAGCAGCAGAGGAAGGACUGUCGAGCACAACGAACUCGAGUCUGAAUUAAAGACACAGAAAAAUGCACCGAGGAGAUCGAUAGGGUGAUUGAUCACACUGUGCACAUACCGCUCCAUAUCCGUCAUUUCUACACACUUCAGAGUGCAAUGCUUAACAAAUAAAAGGUGAGCAAGCGAGGUGUUGACGAUGAGAAUGUUUGUGUUGACACUGUAUUGAAAGCACAACAAGACGAAAAUCAGCAUACGAACUGUUUAAAUAUAAUAGUAAUAAUAAUAAUAAUAAUAAUAAGAUAUAGAGUUUUGUUUUUACUAUUUUUCUUUUUAAAUCGGAAAUCAACGUUUAAUCUUACGAGCGUUGGGUGGAACUCUUUUGUUAUUACUUUUGGGUUUUUUUUUUUUUUUUUUUUUUUAAAUCAAUCUCAAAGACUUUAUUUUUUUAACUUGCAACACAAUAAAUCUUCCCGAUCUUCGUUUUAUUGUGCUGUUACCUGCGGUAAUCGCGUGUUGGGAUUGUGGUCGCAGCAGUAAUAAUACUGUGAGAACAGUUUUGAUGAAAACCCGAUCUCUUUGAAUUAGUACUGGCCCGAGCGUUUAGUUAUUUACGUUCUCGCAGGCAGAAUUAAUCUAAAAUCAGAAGCGUAGUCCGACUGAAAAAGCUCGAAUCACACGUAUCUGAAUUAUAAUUAGCGCACCCAGGCAACCUCGCCCAGUUCUGUUUGGAUUUCGUGGUUGUUGUCGGUCGGGUUUCCCAAUGGUUGGGUUCGGAGCUAACCGGAGGGGGGGUCGCCUGCCUUCCUUCAUCCUCGUCGCCCUCCUCGUGGUCAUCGCCCUGCUGUCGUUUAAUUACUGGAACCUCCUGAACAAGCACUCCCGGGUUCAGGAGGAGCUGGCCGAGGUGCAGGUGCAGGUGACGCGCACGGAAACCGCCCGGGGCCGGCUGGAGAAGCGCAACUCGGAGCUGAUGGUGCAGGUGGACACGCAUAAGAAGCAGAUCGACCAGAAAGACAGCGAUUACAUUUCCCUGGAGGGAAAGCUGCAGGCGAAAGAUGCCCUGGUCAAGAAAUGCACGGAUGACAAGAUGAAGCUACUGAAUGAUGCUUCUGACCAGCAGGCUGAGACUCGUCAUUUCCAAGAGCAGCUGACUGAACUGCGUCAGGAGUUUGUGAAACAGGAGGACCAGAUCAAUGAGUACAGGAGGAACAGCUCCUCCCUGGAGAAGAAGAUGGCGUACGAGAGUCUAAAGUGUGGCCAGCAGAUAGCAGAGCUGAAAGAGCAGUAUGAGGAGACCAUUAAGAAACUCACCCAGGAAGUUGCUGAGCUGAAACAGCUGAAAUUCAUUGAAAGUGAUGUAAAAGAAGAUAAAUCUGCAGUUAACAAUGCUGGCAAUGUGAAACCUGCAGGAAAGGAAACAGACUUGGAAAAACAAGACAGCACCCACAAACUGGACAGUAAGGAAGGAAAAGAUGGUGAUUUGGUGAAGCCCGGGGGAGAUGCUGGCAUGCCAGGGAUAGAGGACAAUGAAGUUGGGAAAGUUGAGGAUACACUUUUCAACCUGAAGAAACCUGCUGAUACCCUCAUUAAAAAGGACACCGGCCCCCCCUCGAUGGCAGUCAGAUCGCUGGGGGGGGUUCGGAAGAUCCCUCUCGCACUCGCUCAGGAAGACAACCCAGCUGAGCAGCUCGAACCAAACCAGGUGCAUCGCGAUGCAGGCAGACCCAACCUGCUGCAACUGCAGAACCAGCAGAACCCCAUCCCUGGGAACGAGAAGGUCAACGAGGAGCUGGGAGAGCAACCCAAACAACGGGAAGCACCUGACAGCAAUAUGAUGCCCGAGCAGCAGCUUCCCAAGAACAUCGCCCCACAGCUGCCACUGAACCAAGCCCAGGUGCUGCCCAACCCCAUUGAACACGUCCAACAGCCUGCUGCAGGAGAGCACCACAAGCACAGGCAAAGCCGGUUCUUUGACGAGAACGAGUCCCCUGUAGACCCGCAGCAUGGCUCUAAGCUUGCAGAUUAUAAUGGGGAUGAUGGUAACGUGGGUGAGUAUGAGGCAGACAAGCAGGCUGAGCUGGCUUACAAUGAGGAAGAGGAUGGUGAUGGUGGGGAAGAAGACGUCCAAGAUGAUGAUGAAAGAGAUGCUCAGGGGGCAAAUCCUAUGGAAUAUGGAAAGCGACACCCAGCGAAUGACAUCUUAUAAACCUGGGACUGGAAAAUUACUUGCAAAAUAGAAAGAGAUGGAAAAAAAAAUGUGAUCCUUACCUGGCCUUUAUUUCACUGGUGCUUUAGGUCUCAACUUUAGGAGAAUGUGAGUUCAUGUUGCUUUGAAAUGGAGCAGUGGCUGGCAGCGUAGAUUCCCGUUUUUCUUUUUUAAAGGUCAGCAUAGGCUGUACUGUCGGUGGUGGUCAAUGAAGAAAUUGUGUAGGACCUGACACUUCCUCUGUAUAUUCUUGAAUAUUCUGUACUUUUUUGGGUUUAUGAUUAAAAGCCUGUGUUCAGUGAUUAUACUGUACAAAAGUAUAUAGUAUACAUUUAAAUGUAAAUUAUUUCUGAUUUUGAGAUGUUUUCUUUAACAAAAUCAACAGGAGGAAAAAAAAAAAAAAAAACAGAAUUUAGUAAGAAUGUAUCCAGUUUGUGUUCAUGCGAAUGUUUUUCUAAAAACAAAAUUGUAGAAUUAUUUGUAAUGCUUAAUUUUUACAGGACAUUUUUCUGCAUUUUGUCUGUCAGUUUGCUGGUUAAGGAACUUGUAUUCUCUUAGAUUAAUGGGCUGUUUUCUAAGAGCAUGCUUGUGCACUGUCUUCACAAAGUGGGGGGGGGGGGAUGGAACCUGGCAUUUGGAUCUUAUCCCACGGUGUAGACAUACAGGAGAGACGUCAAGAGGAGGAUGGCUUUAUUGUGCUUUUCUUUUUCUGUACGAUGCCACAGUAUCCAUUUCAAGACGCUUGCUGAACAGAGCAAGAAAAUUAACAUGUUUUCUCAAACUGCAAAAAGAAAAAAAAAUUCUCAAAACUCUUCCUUUUGCCCAUAUCACAGUUGUUCUGAAGCUCCGCUCACACAUGGUGCUUUUACCCAUGAUGAGCACAUCUGAAGACAGACAGCAAGGAACUCUAAGUACACAGCUGAUGGCUGAGUCCAAGACUGAGGUCAGUUUCCUGUUUGAGACAACAACAUGUUUUGUCUGGACAUUUUGGGCCAUGAUUGUGGUGCGCAUUUUCCCUGAGCAAGGAUGCUGUAGCAUGCGAUGAUAUGAAUCUGUAAAUCCAUCUGCUAGGUGAGCUCUUACAAAUACAGCAAUAUUAGUAAAUUAGAAUUAGAACUUCUAAUGUGAACCUCACACCUCCGACACCAGCGUUGAGUUUAAUAAAGCUGUUUAUUGUAAGGGAUAGCUCAUUGUAGAGAGCUGGCUGCUGCACAUGGGUUUGCACAGUCUGCCGAGUCUUCUUCUCCAGAUAUCUGUAGCUUUCCCAGACAUAUAGAAGAAUUUUAGGUCUGAUUUAAAGCUGUCCCAACAUUACUGACACUAAAGAUACUGCAUGAAUUGAUUGAUGUUCCUGAGCUGUUUGCAAGAUUUUUUGAAUAAAGGUGAUCCCCCCCCCCCC